AUUUGACUGGCGUCGCUCGUCAUUCUGUAUGUUGUGUCAGAUCGACUGAUCGCGUGUUGCCAUAACUUACGUCGUACUACUUUAGUGUUAACGAAGGCUGGGGACUCAAUGAAAGUAUACAAGGAGUUAUGGCUUAUUUGAUACGGUGACAUAAAAAGGUUAUUGAAAAGGGAGAACAUAGACCUAAUCUUGAUGUGGAUGUCACACACUCUCGAAGAAUGAGUCAUAAAUGGGCUCCAAAAACCUGGCUCAAAGUAAGCAGAGCAUUUCAUUUGUGGCACACGUAUGCCCGCAAGUCGACAGCACCACUUCCCUUGUCUGGUACCUCUCACUGCAGGGUCCAUGGACAACAACCCUAUUGCUACAAAGUUGGCUAUGUCAUCCGGAGGCACAUCCACCAUCUUCGGCUCACCGGGCGAAAGGGAUGGAUCUGUAAGGCUAACCAGGUUAGACAAAGGCUUGGACUCCACACCAGCACCUUGUACUUAAACACUUCAGCCUCACGGUGGUCUGCUGGUCUGAGCCAACACAUGUCACGGGUCAGGAACAAACUGGACACAGUUUCUAAAGCUGUGAGUGGGACGCAUACGGAACUUCUUUCCAAAAUCGCCAAACUCAAGCCGAAUGCUUUAAAAGGUUGGAAAAAAGCUAAUGCGAGUGUUGAAUCAGACCCAAAAGUGGAGGAGAGUGCAGUCACACCUAUUCCUGCUCCCACGAAUGCUGCGCCCACUUCUACAUCUACUCCACCUAAACCUAGAUGUAACUCCUCUUCUGCCGGUCCUUCUAUUCCUCUGUCUGCUGCUACAUUGGAUGCAAAUGCCACUACCACCACGCAUUCUCACCACCCUCCCCAAGCGACUGAUGCUGCCACAAUUGUGACUGUGGGUGAACGUAAGGAGAAAAAGCUGAGACGUGUUGUUCCCGCUGUCAAAGACAGUUCUGCCAGGAAGAAAGAGGAGAUUAAACCUUUGUUGAAUGAUGCUGAGAGCAAGAGCACAACUUCCGAACAAACCACAGCACUUUUCCAUCCCAGCACCUUUUCAGUCAGCAUGGAUGAGACUUACAACUAUCUGGCCCAUCACAUCAACUCCUACUUUGGCAGCAGUACAAACAACAAGAAAGUGGACAAUGUUUACUCUCCCUCUGCUUCCUCUCAGGGUAAAAAAACUAAUGACCUCAUGCCAGUACCUGGUAAAACAGUCUCUGCUGCUCCAGUUACGCCACCUUCCACGAAGAAGGGUUUGGGACACUACUUGUCAUACUCGGCUCCCACUGUUCAAGCCUUCGUAGGAAGCUACAUUGCUCCCCUGGUCCCAAGGUUUAGGACGGCAGAGAACAAAAGUGCUACAGGGGAGGAAAAGAAAACCGAGGAUGGACCAGUCAAACAGAUUGAGGCCAUAAUUAUUAAGGAGCAGACGACUUCAGAGGAGAAAGCCAAAAAACUGCUACUUCAAAGAGAGAAGAUCAUUGCCAGGUUGAGUGUGGACAACCGGACUCGGGGUCUGGUUCAGGCUCUCCACAGGGCGUCAGAUGUAAGGGUCUACAUCAACAGGGUGGAGGACCUCAGCUACCAUCUCCUGGAGUUUCCAGAAACCAGUGGCGUCGCAGUCAAGGAGCAGGUCAUCCCUUGCCUGCUGCGUCUGAAACAGGCCAGUGACACGGGCCUGAGGGCAGCAGUUAGAGAAGCCCUCACUCUGGUGGGCUACCAUGAACCUGUGAAAGGCCGGGGCAUACGGAUCCUGACCAUAGACGGAGGAGGGCUAAGAGGACUUGUUGCACUUCAGACGUUACACAAGCUGGAAGCCCUGACCGGAAAGCCCAUUUACAAACUGUUUGAUUAUAUUUGUGGAGUCAGCACAGGUGCCAUCUUAGGGUUCAUGCUGGGUGUGUUCCAAAUCCCACUGGACGAGUGUGAUGAUCUUUACCGGAAGUUGGGUUCAGAUGUCUUCAAGCAGAACGUCAUUGUUGGUACUGUAAAGAUGGGCUGGAACCAUGCGUUCUAUGACAGCGAAGCCUGGGAGAACAUCCUCAGAGAGAAAAUGGGCUCUCAGCUUCUGGUGGAAACUUCAAGAAACCCUGAAUGCCCCAAGGUGGCAGCGGUGAGCACCAUUGUGAACCGCGGCGCUCUCAGGGCUUAUGUGUUCAGGAACUACAACCUGCUGCCCGGGUCGCGCUCUCCCUACCUCGGGGGUUCCCAGCACCAGCUGUGGCAGGCCAUCCGUGCCACAUCAGCAGCCCCUGGUUAUUUCCAGGAGUUCAAGUUGGGAAAUGAUCUCCACCAGGAUGGCGGUCUGCUGAUUAACAACCCCACGGCAUUGGCCAUCCACGAGUGUAAGUGUUUGUGGCCCAACGCGCCCCUGGAGUGUGUGGUCUCACUCGGUACGGGCCGCUUUGAGACUCCCGGCAAGAACAGCGCCACCUACACGAGCCUCAAAACCAAACUCACCAACGUCAUCAGCAGCGCCACGGACACCGAGGAGGUUCACGCCAUGCUGGACGCCUUCCUCCCUCCCGCCACGUAUUACCGCUUCAACCCCUUCAUGAACGAAGACAUCUCCAUGGACGAGAACCGACACGAGAAGCUGAACCUGCUGCAGGCUGACGGCAUCCGUUAUCUGGAGAGGAACGAGGAGAAGCUGAAGAAGGUCGCUCGCAUCCUCACCCGGGAGAAAAGCUCCGUCCAGAGGAUGACGGAUUGGGCCAAGCUCAGGGCUGACAUGUAUAAUUUCAACUCCUCGAAGCUCUAAGUCCAGCACAAGCCACCUUUACCUCACUUGGGAACUCUCCCCCUAUUUCAAAUUGCCUAGAAUAUGUCCUGUAACCAUCAUUGGUGUGUCCUAGUAGGUAAUGUGUCCAACAAGCCAAACACUACCUUCCUCCUCACUCUGACUCCACACUUGGAUUGUGUCCGGCUGUCCUUGUGGUUGGCAGCACUCGACUGCAUUCAAAGAAAAUGUGUCAAAUGACAUGUAGGUUUGGGAAUUCUCUAAAUGGGGAUUCACUGUAAGCUAGCCAAGGCAGCUUGUAUCCUUUAAAGGAACAGUUCAACAUGUUAGGAAGUAAUCUUGUUUGCUUUCUUGCAAAAAGUUGAAGAAUGGCAUCAAUCUUCUCGUCUAACCUUCUUCGAGAAAAGUAAAGAUAUCUUCUAAAAUAGACAGAGUACUGUUAAGUAGCCAGUAACCGGCUGUUUUACCAAGUGAGCACUUUUUAAGCACUUGUUUUAUCUUUUUGAAGAUGUUAUGACAAUAUAUCCUCCACAAACUUGUUUUUGUGCUUUCACAUCAAAUGUGUAGAUGGUUUAUGGAAAUGAAGUAUUUGUUAAGCUAAUCUUCAAAUCUGUGACUCUGUAAAACACCAGUACUGUAUCAAGUAAAGACAAAAACAUCCUUCUUAUUUUUGUAAAUGGGUCUAUUUCUGCAAGUGACAAUUUUCAAAUGACUAAAAUGUGCAUCUUAACGAGGCAGCUAAUGGUAUGCUGAUAAUAAUAUAAUAUAAUAUAAUAUAAUAUAAUAAGCAUUUGGUCCCACUUCAAGCAUUACAGUAUGGUGUAGUUCUAUGUAAGUGCAUGUUAUAUUUAAGAUUUUACACAAAGAAAAGUACAUAUCUAGUGGAAAACUUUAAAGAAGUGUAUAUUGCAAAGAUUUACCUCAAUAUUUAUUUCCAUAAUAUCUGCAAUGAUUAAUAAAUCGAAAUAGCAGAUAUAUAUAAAUGGAGGCACGCUGGCAUAAGGAUGUAACUCGUAUGUGUUAUUUUAGCCUCCAAAGUAUUUUAAGUUUUUUUUAAUGCUUUUAUCCUCAUGUGCUUGAUUUUUGUUGAUCUUAUGAAUUCCCCACAGGCGAUACGCUGUCGUCAGUGUGCCCUCGUUCCCUUUGCUGCCUCCUUCUCUAAAGCCUCUCUACCUUGACGUGCUGUGCUAUGACAUAUUUGAUCAAAUCAGUUCAUAGCUCGGGGACUGUUUUAAAACAAAUUGCUGCUUGAUUGAUUUGUCAUGGCUUAAAAUGAGCUUAAUCACAUGUACAGUUAAAAAACAAAAAUGCACUUCAGACAUUCAUGCCUAACCCGGUCAAGUACUGUACAACAGAUGCAGCGAUGUGUCGGUCACUCCUGGAACAAUUUAGGGCGAGCGGAUGCAGAUUUUACCCCGAUUAUUGUAAUUCCACCGUUGAUUAUGUGUAAAGACUGUUUGCGAGUGUAUGUAAUUAAAACCCAGCACUGAA